AUGGACGAAGCGGAAUCAAUUUGUCUGCAACUGGACAUGGCUUUCUUGAUGCAUAAGAGAGCAAACAAACUUUCUGGGGGAGAAAAACGUAAAUUGUGUUUGGCCAUGGCCUUUGUUGGUAAAAGUGAACUAAUUCUCUUGGAUGAACCAACCGCGGGAAUGGACACCCGAUCGAGGUUAUUUGCGAAAAAGUUCAUUGAAAAGGAAAAAAACAGAAGGGCAAUAGUUCUCACCACGCAUUACCUGGACGAAGCGGAAGCAAUGGGGGAUUGGAUGUAUAUAAUGCAUAUGGGACGUUCCGUUUGUAGUGGAUCUCCAUACUUUCUCCAACAAAAGUUUGCGCCCGGGAAUAUACUUACUGUAGUUUUCAAAGAAAGUGUUCUUGCAGAAAAUGUAGAGAAUGCAAAAAAAAUUAUAGUGCAACAACUGCAAAAUGUCAAAAUCAGGACAGAGAGUGGAAGACAAAUCCGAGCAGAAAUUCCCAAAUCCGAACGAGAAAGACUUCUCAAAUUAUUUGCAACCUUCGAAAAUGAAGAGAAGACGCUAAAAAUUGACAGCUUUGGUUUAUCUGCGAACGCUUUUGAAGAAGCAUUUCUCAGAAUCGGCGAAAUUAGGGACAAAGCUGAAAACAAAAAUAUAGAGUUUUUAGAGGAUCCGCGCUAUGCUGAACUGCAAGAAAAUAAUGUUGUUAGAAUUCUGCAGCAAGCUAAAUACAUUUGGUUGAAGAAGUGGUGGAGUACGAUCUACAGCAUACCUUUAAUUGUAGAACAAGUAUUCAUCCUUUCAACUAUUUUCGCUUUGCAAAAAUACUUUCAACAUACAAUACAAUAUAACUUAAACUCAAUAGAAUCGAAUUAG